AUGGUGGACGUGGUAGGGAUGGUAGUGCCGCAGGACGAAUCACUAGUCGAUCACUUCGGUCGGCAGGUGCUGCAUUGGAUCGUCGGCUACUCGACCGCCUGGUACGCAACGCUCAGCCAUUGCGAUUUGGUCGAUAACUUCAAGAAGGUGGACACCGGUGCGAAGAUAUUGCUGCAGGGUCUCGGCGUUAAGACGGGCCACCACGGCGAAGACGACGACGACGACGAGGACGACGAGGAGUGCGAGGAAGGGGAAGAACCGACCCGGGAAGGGAACGGACAACCGGACCGGGCGGGUGUACGGCAACGGCGCCGUUUACGGCGGGCAGCUGCCCGCGGAUUCGUCAAUCGAUAUCAUCCGCUGGUCGAGUACGGUGAGCGGAACUUUGAGAACCUAAUGCUGGCCGACCUGAUGGAAAACUGCGAACGUGGAAUACCAAUUGAGAUGUUCAAUGUGUUGGCCCCGUUCCAUCAGAACAGUGCUGCCGCUGGUGCCGGUGUUGCUGCCACCAGUGCGGGUGGCCAAAACGUGCGGCUAGAGAACAUGCAGGUGACGCAACCCUGCAGUGGACCGUCCUCGCCAACCAUCGCAUCACCCGGUGCCCUCAGCUCCACCUCGUUCUGUCUGACCGGUGGUGGUGGGAUUGGGACCGGAGUUCACGGCACCAUCGGAUGCAGCGUCAUCUCGAGCACAACAGCUGCCGAUACGGCCGACCCAAACUGGCAGGCGAACAAAUCGACCGUACGCGAACGGAAUGCCGCCAUGUUCAACAAUGAUCUGAUGGCUGACAUCCGGUUCAUCGUCGGUUCUGACGAACAAGUGCAAACGAUUCCAGCCCACAAGUAUGUACUAGCGACGGGAAGUUCCGUUUUCUACGCCAUGUUCUAUGGUGGGUUGGCCGAAAAUAAGCAGGAGAUCAAGGUACCGGAUGUGGAACCGGGGGCGUUCCUAACGAUGCUGAAGUAUCUGUACUGUGAUGAGAUUCAGCUUGAAGCGGACAACGUGCUGGCGACGCUGUACGUCGCAAAGAAGUACAUCGUACCGCAUCUGGCACGGGCGUGCGUCAACUAUCUGGAAACUAGUCUUACGGCGAAAAACGCUUGCCUGCUGUUGAGUCAGUCGCGCUUGUUCGAAGAGCCGGAGCUGAUGCAGCGCUGCUGGGAGGUGAUCGAUGCGCAGGCGGAAAUGGCCAUCAAAUCAGACGGUUUUGUCGACAUCGAUCUGAAAACGUUCGAAACGAUCCUAGCGCGGGAAACGCUCAACUGCAAGGAGAUACAUCUGUUCGAGGCGGCACUCAGCUGGGCACACGCGGCCUGUACCAAAAUGGACAUCGAACCGACCUCGUCCAACAAGCGGCAACUGCUCGGCCAAGCCCUGUACCUGAUACGCAUCCCGACGAUGACGCUCGAAGAGUUUGCCAACCGGGUGGCGCAGCUUGGCAUACUCACCAACCAGGAGACAAUCGACAUUUUUCUUAACUUUACCGCCAAGAACAAGCCGAAGCUUACGUUCCCGGUGAAGGCACGGGCCGGCUUAAAGACGCAGGUGUGCCAUCGGUUCGCGUCCUGUGCGUACCGUAGCAACCAGUGGCGCUAUCGGGGCCGGUGCGAUUCGAUACAGUUUUCCGUCGAUAAGCGCAUAUUUAUAGUGGGCUUCGGACUGUACGGUUCGUCAACCGGGGCAGCUGAUUACGAUGUAAAGAUCGAACUGAAGCGGCUCGGUCGCGUGUUGGCGGAGAACAGUACGAAAUUCUUUUCGGACGGUUCGAGCAAUACGUUCCAGGUGUUUUUCGAAACGCCGAUACAGAUCGAACCGGAGUGUUUCUACACUGCCUCGGUCGUGCUGGACGGGACGGAGCUUAGCUUCUUCGGUCAGGAGGGUAUGAGCGAGGUGAGCGUCGGUACGGUUACGUUCCAGUUUCAAUGCUCGUCCGAGAGUACAAAUGGAACUGGCGUCCAGGGUGGCCAGAUACCGGAGCUGAUCUUUUACGGACCGAUGGGUGUUAGUCAGCAGCACAGCAUCUUAUCUGCCAGUGCCAGUAACAACACGAUCAACAAUAAUCACACGAGUUCGAGUGGCCAUUCGCCCGGUAAGGAUAGUUUGAUCGGCAAGCAGGCUAGUAACAAUGCCGGAGGUGGCAAUAGCGUUCCAUCGACAACGACAUCGUCCUCUUCCACUUCUGCCCAUGGUGGAGGAAGCGGACUACUGUUGAUGGGUGCAGGUAGUAGCAGCUCACCACCAGCCAAUGCGAAUGGUGACCGAUCAAACGUCACUCCGUAUGGGAAUGGGGGCGAUAAUGAUGGUGCGACAGCAGCCAAUCAUGGUGUAGUCUUGCCAAACUGGCUGCAACCAUCGGUUGGUGCGGUGCAACAGUUACUGGCCAACAAUGGUGAAUCAGCUGAAUGA